AUGUCAACGGAGGACAAGAGUCUGGUGGUGGCGGUGGUGGAGCCGCCUCAGCAGCAGCAGCAGCCCCCCGAGCCUGGAGCUCCCCCCCCAGCAGCAGCAGCAGCAGCCACAGACAAAAGACCUAGGGGCCGGCCUCGCAAAGAUGGCGCUUCCCCUUUCCAGAGAGCCAGAAAGAAGCCUCGGAGUAGAGGAAAAACUGCAGUGGAGGAUGAAGACAGUAUGGAUGGUUUGGAGGCAGCAGAAACAGAAAACACUGUGGAAACAGAAGUCAAAGAGCAGUCUGCAGAAGAAGAUGCCCAAACGGAAGUGGACAGCACCAAGCAGCUAACACCAGUCCUACAGCACUCAGUGUCCGAGGAGUCUGCCAGCUCCACUGCCUCCGUGGGUGUGGAAGCAAAAACCAGCGAACAACUCUGCGCCUUUUGUUACUGUGGAGAACGGAGCUCAUUAGGACAAGGAGACUUAAAACAAUUCAGUCCAACUCCUGGGUAUGUUAUUCCAUGGAAAAACCAGCCUUUAAAUAAGAGUGAAGCCAGCGACAGCACCGAUGGAGCUUGUGAGAGAACUCCAAGGCAAAACUCAGUGCCGCGCAAACAGAGAGGACAGAAGAAAUCUCGAUCGAGUAUAGCAUCAUGUACAAGUGUAAGCACCCAAACUGCUUCUGAUGAUCAGGUUGGCAAAGUCUGGGAUGAACUCAGUUUAGUUGGCUUACCAGAUGACAUUGAUGUUCAAGCCUUAUUUGAGCCAACAGGUCACUGCUGGGCUCAUCACCGCUGUGCGGAGUGGUCAGUGGGAGUCUGCCAGACUGAAGAGCAGCUAUCGGUGAACGUGGACAAAGCUGUUGUCUCAGGGAGCACAGAACGAUGUGCAUUUUGUAAGCACCUUGGAGCCACUAUCAAAUGCUGUGAAGAGAAAUGUACCCAGAUGUACCAUUACCCCUGUGCUGCUGGAGCAGGCACAUUUCAGGAUUUCAGUAAUUUGUCCCUCCUUUGUCCAGACCACAUUGAUCAGGCUCCUGAAAGAUCAAAAGAAGAAGCAAAUUGUGCAGUGUGUGACAGCCCUGGAGACCUCUUAGAUCAACUUUUUUGUACUACCUGUGGCCAGCACUACCAUGGGAUGUGCCUGGACAUACAAGUUACACCUUUAAAAAGAGCAGGUUGGCAGUGUCCUGAUUGCAAAGUGUGCCAGAACUGCAAGCAUUCUGGGGAAGACAACAAGAUGCUGGUGUGUGACACAUGCGACAAAGGCUACCAUACCUUCUGUCUGCAGCCAGUGAUGGACGCCGUUCCAACAAAUGGUUGGAAAUGUAAAAACUGUAGAGUAUGUGCUGAGUGUGGCACACGAACAAGUUGUCAGUGGCACCAUAAUUGUUUGGUAUGUGACAGUUGUUACCAACAGCAAGACAACUUAUCUUGUCCUUUCUGUGAAAAACUGUGCCUCCAAGACUUCCAGAAAGAUAUGUUGCAUUGUCACAUGUGCAAAAGGUGGAUUCACAUAGAAUGUGACAGAUCUCCAGGUAGUGAAUUGGAGUCUCAGUUGAAAGACUACAUCUGCACUCUUUGUAGACAAGGAGAAGGGGAUCACACUCAGUCAUGUGAUGUAAUGAACACUUCUGAACUCAUUCCUGAACCUGACAGUAUAACAGCUUGUACAAAUGAAAUGGAAAUGGAAGGUGGUGGAGAGGAUGUGACAUUUCAGGAACAGCCCAUUACUGGUGAUGGCCCUGAUCAGGAAUCAGCUGUUGGACAUGUCCCAGAAGUUACAGGCAUAUCACCAGAAGAAAAGACCACACAACUGGAAACAGAUGUCUCUGUUGAAAUGAAUUCGGCUGAAAUGGAAAUGUCUCCUAAAAAGACACCAGCAUCUGGUGACAGUCAGAGUGAGAAAAUGAUGGAAGUGAUGGAAGGCGUUCAAGCUGUAGCACAGCAGGACUUGGACAAACAAGCUGAAGAGACACAGCUGCCACAAGGCAGUGGGGAGGGAUCAGAAGUAUCCACAGUAGACUCUCGGUCUCUGUCUUCAGUACCUGAGGCCGUAACUGUGACGCCAGAAAUACUGGAGACUGAAAGCAAAGGAGACGUUUCUGUCCCUGUAGAACAACAACUGGAAAUAAUAAAAGUGCAAAAAGAUGUAGAAAGAGGAGAAACUUGUGAGAAGUCAGAAACACCAGCUCUUCUAGAAGUAGAAACUACUUCUUCAAAUGAGGGUGUUGCAAACAGUUCACCACUUGGAGACAAACCCGUAAAAUCACCAGCUGAGACUUGCCCCUCACUUCCCCCGUCAGUUAAUAUCAAGACAAACGUGUCUUCCUCGCCAGAUGUUUCACUGGACUUGCAUUCUGCACGAGAUGUCCAGCACAGCCAGCCCCCAGCACUGCCUUCCACUGCUGGGAGUGCUCUCCCAACAACUUACAUAUCAGUCACUCCAAAAAUCGGCAUGGGAAAACCAGCCAUCACCAAGCGCAAGUUUUCUCCUGGAAGACCCAGAUCGAGACAGGGGGCUUGGAGUACCAAUAAUACAGUCAGCCCACCUUCCUGGUCCCCAGACAUUUCAGAAGGUCGGGACAUUUUUAAACCCAGACAGCUUCCUGGCAGUGCCAUUUGGAGCAUCAAAGUGGGCCGUGGAUCAGGGUUCCCGGGGAAGCGGAGACCACGUGGUGCUGGUCUUUCAGGAAGAGGUGGCAGAGGUAGAUCAAAACUGAAGAAUGGAGUUGGGACUGUGGUCAUUCCAGGGGUCACAACUAUGGAUAUUUCAUCUAAUAAAGAUGAGGAAGAAAACUCGAUGCAUAAUACAGUUGUCCUCUUCUCUAACAGUGACAAGUUCACUCUCCAUCAGGAUAUGUGUGUAGUUUGUGGGAGUUUUGGCCAAGGUGCUGAGGGCAGGUUGCUUGCCUGUUCUCAGUGUGGUCAGUGUUACCAUCCAUACUGUGUCAGUAUUAAGAUUACUAAAGUGGUGCUCAGCAAAGGUUGGAGGUGCCUGGAGUGCACGGUGUGUGAAGCCUGUGGGAAAGCCACGGAUCCGGGGAGACUCCUCCUCUGUGAUGACUGCGACAUCAGCUACCACACAUACUGCCUGGACCCACCCCUGCAGACUGUUCCAAAGGGAGGCUGGAAGUGCAAAUGGUGUGUUUGGUGCAGACACUGUGGAGCAACCUCUCCAGGUUUAAGAUGUGAAUGGCAAAAUAAUUACACACAGUGUGCUCCCUGUGCAAGUUUGUCCACCUGCCCAAUCUGCUAUCGCACGUACAGGGACGAGGAGCUCAUAAUUCAGUGUAGACAAUGUGAUCGAUGGAUGCAUGCAAUCUGUCAGAACUUAAACACAGAGGAGGAAGUGGAAAACAUAGCUGAUAUGGGUUUUGACUGUACCAUUUGUAGGCCAUACAUACCACCAACAAACGUGCCUUCUUUGGACUGUUGUGAUUCAUCAGUUGGAGCUCAGAUUAUUUCAAAAUCAAAAGAACUAGACCCACCGAAGACAUACACCCAGGAUGGAGUCUGCUUGACAGAAUCCGGCAUGUCUCAGUUACAGAGCCUCACUGUUACAGUGCCGAGAAGAAAACGGACGAAACCAAAGCUUAAACUGAAGAUUAUAAAUCAGAACAGUGUGGCUGUGCUUCAGACACCCCCAGAUGCCCAGUCAGAACACUCAAGAGAUGGGGAGAUGGAUGACAGUAGAGAAGGUGAUCUUAUGGAUUGUGAUGGAAAAUCAGAUUCCAGCCCAGAGCGGGAAGCUGUGGAUGAUGAUACCAAAGUGGCUGAAGGAGCUGAUGGGAUUAAAAAAAGGAAACGAAAACCAUAUAGACCUGGUAUUGGAGGAUUUAUGGUACGUCAGAGAAGCCGUACAGGGCAAGGGAAGACAAAAAGAUCCCUCUCCAGGAAAGAUUCUUCUGGAUCUGUUUCUGAGCAGUUGCCUGGCAGAGAGGAAGGUUGGACAGAACAGCUGCCAGACACUCCAGUUGAGGAGUCUACCCCAGCUUCUGAAAGUACUGAGAAAAUAAAAAAGCGUUACAGAAAAAAGAAAAACAAACUCGAAGAAACCUUUCCUGCCUACUUGCAGGAAGCUUUCUUUGGGAAAGACCUACUAGAUACCAGUAGACAGAACAGGAUGAGCCUGGAUAAUUUACCUGAAGAAUCACUUUCACUUUCAUGUAAAGCAAACCUGACCACCAAUUUCCUGGAUCCUUCAUCUGACCCCCUUCUUAGCUCAACCUCCACUCCAGCUCAGGCAAAACUGGGACCUCAAGGUAGCACCGACGAUCCUUUAGCAGAUCUUUCUGAGGUCUUAAACACUGAUGAUGAUAUUCUUGGAAUACUUUCUGAUGACUUGGUAAAGUCUGGAGAUCAUUCAGCUGGAUUGGAUAUUGGCCCCAUCUCUGAUGAUCCUUCCUCUCUGCCUCAGCCAAAUGUCAACCAGAGCUCACGGCCACUGAGUGAAGAGCAGUUGGAUGGAAUCCUCAGUCCAGAACUAGACAAAAUGGUCACAGAUGGUGCUAUUCUUGGCAAACUGUACAAAAUCCCAGAGCUGGGAGGAAAGGAUGUUGAAGAUUUGUUCACAGCUGUGUUAAGUCCAGCAGCCACACAGCCCCCUCUGCCACAGCCCCCGCCUCCACCCCAGCUGAUGUCUCUGCACAGCCAAGGAGAGAAUGCAUUUCCAAGAGUGCCCCUUAUGAAUGGUCUGAUUGGCCCCAACCCUCAUCUCCCUCAUACGGCUCUGGCUGCUGGAGGUGGUUUGGGCACCUUCUCUCCCAUCACACAGCAGCCAUAUCCUGAUACCAGGGAUAAGAAUCCAGCGUUCAACCCGAUGGUGAGUGAUCCCAACAGCUCGUGGGCUCCGGCGGCUCCACCUUUGGAAGGCGAAGGCGACACAAUGUCCAAUGCCCAGAGAAGCACUCUGAAGUGGGAAAAAGAAGAAGCUUUGGGUGAAAUGGCAACUGUAGCACCUGUCCUCUAUACAAACAUCAACUUCCCUAACCUGAAGGAAGAAUUCCCAGACUGGGCUACAAGAGUGAAGCAGAUUGCUAAACUGUGGAGGAAAGCAAGCUCACAGGAGAGGGCUCCCUAUGUGCAAAAAGCCAGAGAUAAUAGAGCUGCUUUGCGCAUCAAUAAAGUACAGAUGUCGAAUGACUCCAUGAAAAGGCAGCAGCAACAGGAUAGCAUUGAUCCCAGCUCACGCAUCGACUCCGACCUCUUUAAGGAUCCAUUAAAACAGAGGGAAUCGGAGCAUGAGCAGGAAUGGAAAUUCAGACAGCAAAUGCGGCAAAAGAGUAAGCAGCAAGCCAAAAUAGAAGCCACGCAGAAGCUUGAACAAGUGAAAAACGAGCAGCAGCAGCAGCAGCAGCAACAGCAGCAGCAGCAGCAGCAGUUUAGUUCACAGCAGCUUCUGAACCAGUCUGGCUCAGACACACCCAGCAGUGGGAUCCAGAGCCCCUUAACGCCACAGACUGGCAAUGGAAGUAUGUCUCCUGCACAACAGACAUUCCAUAAGGAUCUAUUUACAAAGCAGCAGCUCCCUGCUACGCCUACGUCGUCGUCCUCAGAUGAUGUGUUCCUCAAACCACAAGCCCCACCCCCUACUCUGACCCGAAUCCCAGUACACGAUUCACUGACUCAGUCUCAGACUCCUCAGACAUCAUCACAACAGAUGUUUUCUCCAGGUUCCACAAACACAAGACCUCCCUCUCCAAUGGAUCCAUAUGCUAAAAUGGUGGGAACACCUAGACCAGCACCCAUUAACCAGAACUUCGUUAGAAGGAACACCAUUGCCCCAUUAGACACCUGUGCAGCGCAGCCAUCCGUAUCCCGCCCCAUUCAGGGAGCCGAGCCGUCGGGAAGCAGGCCUUCACCAGUCAGGGAUUCAUGUUCUUCAUCUCCAGGGAGCAGUGAUCCCUAUGCAAAGCCACCAGACACACCCAGGCCUGUCAUGGCAUCAGAGCAGUUCUCCAAACCCUUGGGGGUCCUGAGAUCCCUGGAACAGUCAGGGAAGGUUCCUUUAGCAGCUGGAAGCAGCGAUCCCUUUACUAAGCCGGCUCCUAGAACUGAUGCAUUUCAGAGACAGAGAGUAGCCUCUGCUGAUGCCUACGCACGGCCUCCAUUGACUCCGACUCCCGCUCCUGAUGGGAGCCCUGGACCUUUUAAAACUCCAAUGCGCCCUCCUCAGUCCCCACAGGAUCCCUACUCAGCCAUGCCAGGCACCCCCCGGCGCGUGGCUGUGGAUCCGUACGAGAGGCCCGCUUUGACGCCCAGGCCAGUGGACAACUUCUCCCAUAAUCAGGCUCCUGAUCCGUACAGCCAGCCUCCCCUGACCCCCCACCCUGCAAUAAAGGAGCCUUUUGCCCACCCACCCCGGAUAGCGCGGCAGCAGAGCGAUUCUUUCCCUCAGGCUGGGCCCAUUUCAAGGCCAGCUUCUCAGGACCCCUAUUCCCAGCCUCCAGGUACUCCUCGGCCAGUUGCUGAUCCUUAUGCCCAACCCCCAGGAACUCCUCGGCCCACCGCAGUUGAUCCGUAUAUGCAGCAACCCCCAACACCGAGACCUUCUCAGCCAGCAGAUUUGUUCUCUCAGUCCCCAGGAAAUCAGAGACAUUCUGAUCCAUAUGCCCAACCUCCCGGAACACCAAGGCCAGUUCUCAAUGAUCCCUAUUCUCAGCAACCAGCAACUCCGAGGCCAGGGAUUUCUGAGGGUUUUAACAGACCUGCAAUGACAAGACCAGGGCUGAUGCCAAACAGAGAUCCUUUCCUGCAGACACCGCAGAGCAGGUUGCAGGGCACUUUCAUCAGGCCGUCAGAUCCAUGUUCUCAAACUCCCAGACCUGCAGGACCUGCAAUAACAGAUUCAUUUAGCCAUGGUCCAGCUGCUCCAGCACGGGACCCGUAUGAUCAACCACCAAUGACUCCAAGACCUCAGCCAGAAUCUUUUGGAACUGGUCAACUGGCCCAUGAUGCUGCCGAACAGCCACGGCCUGGAUCUGAGGGCACCUUCAGUGCAUCUGGAAAUUCUCCGAUGACUUCUCAAGGACAGCAGUUUCCCAAAGUUUCACAAGUUCCUGGCCCAGCACCCACCACAGGAGUAACAGAUACACAGAAUACCAUGAAUAUGUCUCAAGCAGAUACUGAAAAGUUAAGACAGCGCCAGAAAUUACGUGAAAUUAUUCUACAGCAACAGCAGCAGAAGAAGAACGCGGUUCGUCAGGAAAAGGCCUUGCAGGAUGCAGCAGCUCCUGCCCAUGCGGCUCCUCUUCAGCAUUGGCAGCAAGACAACUUAAAUCAGAUCUUUAACCGUCCCCCUCCUCCAUACCCUGGCAAUAUCAGGUCCUCUGCAGUCCCUCCGGGUGGGCCAAGGUUCACCGUGUACCCAAAAGAGCAGCGUGGGCCGUUUCCUGCCGAUGGGCAGUUCAGCAGACCCCAGUUUCCAGGCGACAUGAACGCCAUGGGGAUGAGACCUCAUGGCCUUAGAUAUGGGUUUCCAGGAGGUGGCCAUGGUCCACCCUCAGGGCAAGAACGUUUCCUCGGUCCCCAGCAGCCGAUGCAGCGCCCUGGAGUUCCCCCCCAGCUGAGAAGAUCCCUGUCUAUUGAUAUGCCUUGGCCAGUGAACAAUCCACAAAUGAAUAACAGCUCUGGGAUCUCCCAGCAUUUUCCUCCGCAGGGAAUUCCUGUUCAGCAGCACAAUAUAUUGGGUCAGGCGUUCAUCGAGUUACGUCACAGAGCUCCCGACGGGAGGCCGAGGCUGCCCUUUAAUCCUUCUGCUGCGAAUGUCAUGGAAGCAGCAGCUCAGCAUCAGCGACACUCGGGGUUCAUGCCCAGGCAGGAUUUUCCAGGCCCGAGACAGGCAGAACCGCUGAGACAUAAUUCUCAAGGAAUGCCCAACCAGUUGCAGAUGUCUACAAGUUUGGAGCACAUGUCGCAAUCCCAGCAGGAUCAGAUCAAUCCUGACAACCCAUCUGCACUUGUAAUGCGUUCUCUAGGUCAUCAGCCAGUUGCUGAUGCAUUCCCAGGACCAUCUUUGUCCACAGCUGCACCAGGUGAUGAGUCAGCAAACUUACAGAUUCCCAAUCAGCCAAGUGAUGGUCUAGAGGAAAAGCUUGAUCCUGAUGAUCCUGCUGUAAAAGAUUUGGAUGUGAAAGACCUUGAUGGGGUUGAAGUCAAGGAUUUAGACGAUGAGGAUCUGGAAAAUCUGAAUCUAGACACAGAGGAUGGGAAGGGUGAUGAACUGGACACUCUAGAUAAUUUGGAAACCAAUGAUCCUCACCUUGAUGAUCUUCUAAGAUCAGGGGAAUUUGAUUUAAUUGCAUACACAGACCCAGACCUUGAUGUGGGAGAUAAGAAAGGAAUGUUUAAUGAAGAACUAGAUCUUAGUGUCCCCAUUGAUGACAAACUAGAUAUCCAGGGCAAGGCAGAAGAACCCAAACAGAAAGAACAAGGUGAUGCAACUGUUGCCCCUCCUGAGAACCAGUCUCCACCAAAGAAAUCCACUACAGAAAAUGAAAUUAAAACAGAAGUACUUUCCCCAAACACUCAGGAGGAAAAGAAGAAUGAAAAUGAAAAAAGUGAUGGAAAUGCCGAAUCCACAAGUACUCAACAGGCUGCUGAAGUGGAGUUAAAGGAUGGAGAAAAGGCUCCUGCACAGCCUGCUAACCCAGAAUUCCCUGACAAAACUACUGCUGUUCCUAGUCAAGAAACAACUGUGCCUAGUCCAGAUGCUCAGGGAUCCGCUCCACUACCUGUUCAGGGAGCAGUAAGUUCCUGCAGUAUUUCUGGGUCCACCCCAGUGCUCUCAAGUUUGCUGUCUAAUGAAAGCUCAGACAGUGCUGAAGCGAGAACUCUGGGAUCUCCAUCUCAGUCCCUGCCACCCACACAAAUAAACCAUGGAUCAGGUAUUCCACAAACACUCAUGACACCUGGUGGACAGAUCUUGGAAAACACCUUAAAUUCAAAUUUGUCCAUGGUUCCACGAAUGAACCAUAAUUUUUCUCAAGGGUCACCAAAUCCAGGAUUUAUUCAGGGUCAGUCAUCCAACCAUAACUUUGGGACGGGACAGACAUCAAAUCAGACUGUGGCUGUACCAAACCGUCCUGGUCCCAGCGGCAUCUCUGGUCCCCAGCAGAUGAUGCUCCCUCAACCAUUAGCUCAGCAGCAGAACAGAGAGAGACCCCUCCUGCUAGAGGAACAGCCACUUCUUCUGCAGGACCUUUUGGAUCAGGAAAGGCAGGAGCAGCAGCAGCAGCGACAGAUGCAAGCCAUGAUUCGCCAACGUUCAGAGCCAUUUUUCCCCAAUAUUGACUUUGAUGCAAUUACUGAUCCCAUAAUGAAAGCAAAAAUGGUGGCUCUUAAGGGGAUCAACAAGGUCAUGGCACAGAGUAACAUGGGGAUGCCACCAAUGGUCAUGAACAGGUUUCCUUUCAUGGGUCAGUCAGUGCCAGGAGCUCAGACCAGUGAAGGCCAAAAUCAUAUGCAGCAGGCAAUUACACAGGAUGGAAGUUUGACACCUCAGAUUUCUAGGCCUAAUCCUCCCAAUUUUGGUCCUGGCUUUGUCAAUGAUUCACAAAGAAAGCAAUAUGAGGAAUGGCUGCAAGACACACAAAAACUUCUUCAAAUGCAACAGAAGUACCUUGAGGAGCAGAUUGGAGCGCACAGAAAAUCCAAAAAGGCUCUCUCAGCAAAGCAGCGUACAGCCAAGAAAGCCGGACGUGAAUUCCCAGAAGAGGAUGCAGAACAGCUUAAACAUGUUACUGAGCAGCAAAGUAUGGUCCAGAAACAGCUAGAUCAGAUCCGAAAGCAGCAGAAGGAGCACGCAGAGCUGAUCGAGGAGUACCGGAUCAAGCAGCAGCAGCAGCAGCAGUGUGGAAUGGCCCCCCAUUCCAUGAUGCCCGGUGUCCAGGCUCAGCCACCCAUGGUUCCAGCAGGAACAGCACCAGCAAUGAAUCAGCAAAACUUCCCCAUGGUGGCACAGCAGCUCCAGCAUCAGCAGCAUGCAGUGGUGAUCCCCGGGCAAUCCAACCCAACCAGAAUGCCAAAUUUACCCGGAUGGCAACCUGCUAAUGCCCCUGCCAGUCAUAUUGCCAUGAAUCCAGCAAGGAUGCAGCCUCCAAUGGCACCGUUGCCGAUUACUCCUGGUACACCAGCUCCUGUGCCUGGUCCAAAUGCAGCUGCACAGUCAGGGCCACCCCCAAGGGUGGAGUUUGAGGACAAUAACCCUUUCAGUGAGAGUUUCCAAGAGCGGGAGAGAAAGGAGCGUUUACGGGAGCAGCAGGAGCGGCAGCGCAUUCAGCUGAUGCAGGAGGUGGAUCGACAGAGAGCUUUGCAGCAGAGGAUGGAGCUGGAGCAGCACAGUAUGAUGGGGUCUGAAUUAAAUAACAAAACAUCCUUGUCUCAGAUACCUUUCUUCAAUUCUGAGCUGCCUUGUGAUUUCAUGCAGACCCCGCGGCCCCUGCAGCCGUCUCCGCAGCAUCAGCAGCAACAGAUGGGGCAAAUCCUGCAGCAGGGUGCUGUGACCUCCCCUCCUGCCACCAAUUUUAUGCAAAGCAGUGAGAGAAGGCCAGUGGGACCUACCACUUUUGGACCUGAUGCAUCUGCCGUUCCAGGUGGAGCCCCCAAUUUCCAUAAUGUAAAACAAACUCAUGGGAAUCUUCCUGGGGCUGCCUUUACGCAGAACCAGGUCAAGCCUCCGUUUCCUUCUGCUGUACCUUCCUCUGCAGUGCUGGGGAGUGGUGCCCCGUGUGGUUCGGACACUAGUGUGCCCCAGGCAGCCAACUUCCCUGGAUCAAGCCAGUCUCUCAUCCAGCUGUAUUCUGACAUAAUCCCAGAAGAGAAAGGCAAAAAGAAAAGGACGCGGAAAAAGAAAAAGGACGACGAUGCCGAGUCCAUAAAAGCCCCGUCAACUCCACACUCGGAUAUCACUGCACCAUCAACCCCAACCAUUUCUGAUUCUACCUCCACCCCCACAGUGAACACCCCCAAUGAACCACGUCACCAGGAUGAGCAAGAGCCAGUGGAGUUAACGGGCCCCUCGACAUCAAACACGGGAGAGAGCCAGAGCUCCCCGGAGCGGGAAGGGAAGCUCCCCGGCAGCCUGGCCCAGAAACAGCCGAGUGGGAAUGCAGAGACUGAAAAGGCUAAAACAGACACCCUGAGCAGCAUCCAAGAAGUUAAACUGGAAAAGGCAGAGACUGAUCAAUGCUCAGGUCAAGCUGAGCCUAAAGCAGAAAAUCCCAGCAGUAUUAAGGUGGAAGAAGACAAGGUCACCUCACAGCCGGCCUCUUCAGCUCAGAGUCCGGCACAGCCAGCCGGCAUUCCCGCAGCCAAAGGGGAGUCAGGGAACGAGCUCUUGAAGCACCUGCUAAAAAAUAAGAAGUCCUCGUCUCUUCUGAAUCAGAAACCGGAGAACAGCAGUCGAGCAGAGGAGGAGGCUUCUGGGGAUAAAAAGUUAGCAGAGAAGCAGAACCCAGCUGAAGGAAUGCAAACUGCAGGGACCCAGAUGCAAGGUGCAUUUGGGUGUAGCAACAGCCAGCUUCAGAGGACAGAUGUAGGACCUGAAACCAAGAAGCAGAGAAAUAAGAGAGCUCAGAGGACAGGAGAGAAGGCAGCUCCUCGGUCCAAGAAAAGGAAAAAAGAGGAAGAAGAAAAGCAAGCUGUUUACCCCAGUGCUGAUACCUUCAUCCAGCUGAAACAGCAACUUUCUCUUCUGCCUUUGGUGGAGCCAAUAAUUGGAGUGAGCUUUGCACACUUUCUCCCCUAUGGCAGUGGCCAGCUAAAUGGUGGAAAUCGACUUGUAGGAAGUUUUGGUAGUGCUACUCUUGAUGGGGCUUCAGAUUACUACUCCCAGCUCAUUUACAAGCAGAACAACCUGAGCAAUCCUCCGACCCCCCCAGCCUCCCUCCCUCCCACCCCUCCGCCCGUGGCCUGCCAGAAGUUGGUCAAUGGCUUCGCAACCACGGAGGAACUUGCUGGCAAGGCUGGUGUGCUGGGAGGCCACGAUGUUACCAAAGCUCUGGGGCCAAAGCAGUUCCAGUUGCCUUUCAGACCACAAGAUGAUUUAUUAGCGAGAGCAAUGGCUCAGGGCCCAAAAACUGUGGAUGUUCCUGCUUCCCUUCCAACACCACCUCACAACAAUCAGGAGGAGUUAAGGGUUCAAGAUCACUGUGAGGACAGGGACACUCCAGACAGCUUUGUUCCUUCUUCCUCUCCUGAAAGUGUGGUGGGAAUGGAAAUUAGUCGGUAUCCAGACUUGUCAGUUGUAAAGGAGGAGAACCCAGAACCUGUACCAUCUCCCAUCAUUCCCAUCCUACCCAGCAGCACUGGAAAAGGUUCAGAAGCCAAAAGGAAUUAUAUAAAAUCAGAACCCGGUUCAGGAGCAUUACCUGGUUCUGGCUUCUUUGCCUCCCAGCUUGGACCAUCCCAGAAUGGUCCUAAAUCUGGCCUUAUAUCUGUAGCAAUUACUUUACAUCCCACAGCUGCUGAGAACAUCAGCAGCGUUGUAGCAGCAUUCUCCAACCUGCUCCACGUCAGAAUUCCCAACAGCUACGAGGUUAGUAAUGCUCCAGAUGUCCCAUCCUCCAUGGCAGCCGCCAACAGUCACAGAGUGAACCCAUCUAUGGAGUACAGGCAGCACUUGCUCCUCCAGGGUCCUCAGGCAGGAUCCAUGGGACCUGCCAGGGUCGUGGGGUCUUAUGGACUGAAGCAACCCAAUGUGCCCUUCCCUGCAAACAGCAAUGGUCUGACUGGCUAUAAGGAUCACAGCCAGAACAUGGCAGAAGGUUCAGCGCUGAGGCCUCGCUGGUGCUCUCACUGCAAGGUCGUGGUUCUGGGCAGUGGAGUGCGGAAAUCCUUCAAGGACCUGCCUUUCCUCAAACAGGAUUCCCAAGAAGGCUCUGAUAAAAUGAAGGACAUUGUAUUCUGUAGCAACAACUGCUUUGUUCUUUAUUCAGCAGCUGUGCAAGCAAAAAACUCAGAGAACAAAGAAUCGGUCCCGUCUCUGCCGCAGUCACCAAUGAAAGAGAGGCCACCGAAAGCAUUCCAUCAGUACAGCAACAACAUCUCCACUUUGGACGUCCACUGUCUGCCUCAGCUGCAGGAAAAGAUUUCUCCACCAUCAUCGCCCCCCAUCAUGUUUCCCCCCGCGUUUGAAGCGGCCAAGGUAGAGGCAAAACCGGACGAGCUGAAGGUAACGGUGAAACUAAAACCCAGGUUAAAAGCAAUACACAGCAGUCUGGAGGACUGCCGGCCUCCCAGUAAGAAAUGGAAAGGAAUGAAAUGGAAAAAGUGGAGCAUUCAGAUUGUGAUUCCUAAAGGAUCAUUCAAACCUCCUUGUGAAGAAGAAAUAGACGAAUUUCUUAAAAAACUGGGCACAACCCUUAAACCAGACCCUGUGCCUAAAGACUACAGGAAAUGUUGCUUCUGUCACGAGGAAGGUGAUGGAUUAACUGAUGGACCAGCAAGGCUUCUUAACCUAGAUUUAGACCUUUGGGUCCAUUUGAACUGUGCUCUUUGGUCUACAGAAGUCUAUGAGACACAAGCUGGUGCCUUAAUAAACGUGGAACUAGCACUGCGAAGAGGCUUGCAGAUGAAAUGCAUGUUCUGUCACAAAAUGGGUGCCACCAGCGGUUGUCACAGGUUAAGGUGCACCAAUAUUUACCACUUUACCUGUGCCAUCAAAGCACAAUGCAUGUUUUUUAAAGACAAGACCAUGCUUUGCCCCAUGCACAAACCAAAGGGAACUCAUGAGCAGGAGCUCAGUUACUUCGCGGUCUUCAGGAGGGUGUACGUCCAGCGCGACGAGGUGCGGCAGAUCGCCAGCAUCGUUCAGCGCGGGGAGCGCGACCACACCUUCCGCGUGGGGAGCCUGAUCUUCCACGCCGUGGGUCAGCUGCUGCCACAGCAGAUGCAGGCCUUCCACUCCUCCAAAGCCCUCUUCCCCGUGGGAUACGAGGCCAGCCGGCUGUACUGGAGCAUGAGAUACGCCAACAGGCGCUGCCGCUACCUCUGCUCCAUCGAGGAGAAGGACGGGCUCCCCUUGUUCGUCAUCAAGGUGGUGGAGCAGGGCCACGACGAUCUGGUCCUUAGCGACACAACACCUAAAGGUGUGUGGGAUAAAAUCUUGGAGCCCGUUGCUUCUGUUAGAAAAGAAUCUGAAAUGCUCCAGCUGUUUCCCGGCUAUCUGAAGGGUGAAGACCUCUUUGGUUUGACAGUCUCUGCAGUGGCCAGGAUUGCCGAAUCGCUGCCAGGGGUUGAGGCCUGCGAGAACUACACUUUCCGCUAUGGCCGAAACCCCUUAAUGGAACUUCCUCUUGCCAUCAACCCCACGGGCUGCGCCCGUGCCGAGCCUAAAAUGAGUACCCAUGUCAAGAGGUUUGUGUUAAGGCCUCACACCUUGAACAGCACCAGCACAUCGAAGUCCUUUCAGAGCACAGUCACGGGGGAGCUGAACGCGCCUUACAGCAAACAGUUCGUCCAUUCCAAGUCCUCUCAGUACCGCAAGAUGAAAACCGAAUGGAAGUCCAACGUGUACCUGGCUCGCUCUCGGAUUCAGGGCCUGGGCUUAUAUGCUGCUCGAGACAUUGAAAAGCACACUAUGGUCAUUGAAUACAUCGGAACGAUUAUCCGGAAUGAGGUGGCAAACAGGAAGGAGAAGCUCUAUGAAUCUCAGAAUCGUGGUGUGUACAUGUUCCGCAUUGACAACGACCACGUCAUCGAUGCCACCCUGACGGGAGGCCCUGCCAGGUACAUCAACCAUUCGUGUGCGCCCAACUGCGUGGCUGAGGUGGUCACUUUUGAGAGAGGACACAAAAUCAUCAUUAGCUCCAGCAGAAGAAUCCAGAAGGGGGAGGAGCUUUGCUAUGACUACAAGUUUGACUUUGAAGAUGACCAGCACAAGAUUCCAUGUCACUGUGGAGCUGUAAACUGCCGAAAGUGGAUGAACUAGAAUGCAUUCCUUGCUGUCUUUGAGGGUUGCUUGUCCCUAGGAAGAAGUGAUUCACAUUUUGAUUUUGUCGACGGAAAAUUGUUGCCUUUUUGAAGGGGGGUGGGGGGAAAAAAAAAAAUCACUUCUGGAAGUACAGAUUUCUACACAAGUAUUUAAAAAGAAAAAAGAAAAAAAGGAAAAAAAAAAAAAAAAAGGAAAAACAACCCA